GAGGAGGGGCGGUGACAUCUGACGGCGUGCCGGCAGUGACGUCACGCGGCGCGCGACACGGCAACGGCGCGCGCCGGGGCCCUGCGUCGCGCGUUCCCUCUCCUCGCCGCCCGCGUGAACCGUGGUGACCCCGCUCGUCGCGAUUCAUCAUCGACACGGGCGGCGGCGUCGUCGUCGUCUUCAAAUAAUCGCCGUCGUCACCGCCUGCAGGCAACCGUGCGUAGAGAGAGAGAGAGAGAGGGACGCAGAAGGGCCCUGCUCCGGCCUCCCCACCCGGCGGCUGGCACGAUGCCAGGCGCCCGGCGCAACCCGUCCACGGAAGCGCACGCCGAAACCGCCGCCGCCGUCACGAGCAGCGGCAUCCCCGUGCCGCUGGCGCCGCGACCUCGCGCCGCCGGCACCCGCGCCGCUGCUACCGCGCCUCAUGAUCGUGCUGGCGUGGCUGUUUGUCAGUGAGGCGCUGCCGCUGGUGCUACGCUUGGCGUGCGCGCUCAUGGGCAACUCGUGCGUGUGCCGCCAGGAGGAGGUGGACGAGCAGGACGAGGGGAGCGGCCGUGACGGGGGCUCUCCGGGGGCCCGUGCCGGUGGUGGUGGUGGGGGCGGUCGGGCGGCCCCUCCUUCCGCCGCCGCCGCCGCCGGCGUGGCCAACGGGGGCGGGGUGACGCGCUCGCGCUCGCGGGACCUGAGCCGCCCGCCGCGUCGCGGCAGGGGGCCCAGCGACCCGCCGCGCAAGAAGCUCAACGUGGACGGCCUCGUGCUGGAGACGCUCAACCUCAUCCGCACGCUCGUGGACAAUGACCAGGAGCCCCCGUACUCCAUGAUGGCCCUGCACGAGCUGGCGGAGCAAGAGCCCGGAUGGCUGGAGCUGGUGCAGUCGCUCAUCCGGGUGAUUCCUCUGGACGAUCCCCUGGGCCCUGCCGUCAUCACCCUCCUGCUGGACGAGUGCCCUCUCCCCACCAAGGAGUCCCUGCUGCGCCUGUCUGAGAUCCUGCAGUUGGACGAGCAGGUGGCACGCACGGACCUGUCCAACCCGGCGCGCCACCGCAACACCGCCGCCGUGCUGGGCUGCCUCGCCGAGAAGCUCGCCGGUCCCACAAGCAUCGCCCUGCUGUCUCCGGGAACACUCGGCUACCUGCUCGAGAGCCUGAACCUGCAGUCCCAUCCCACGGUGAUUCUCUUCUCUCUCAUCGCGCUGGAAAAAUUCGCUCAAACGACGGAGAACAAGGUGACGGUGGGUCGCUCGCGGAUCUCCGAGCAGCUCAAGGUGCUGGAGGCGUGGGUGAACAGCCCGGAGUUUGCGCGACGCCAGGUCGGCUUCUGUGCCCAGUGGUGCCUCGACAAUCUCUUCGUGAAGGAGGGGCGGCAGUUCACGUACGAGCAGGUGGACCUGAGCGGGAUCAGCGCGAUGCUCAACAGCAACGACGUGAGCGAGUACCUCAAGAUAUCGCCACACGGCCUUGAGGCGCGGUGCGACGCGUCGUCGUUUGAGAGCGUGCGCUGCACGUUCUGCGUGGACUCGGGCGUGUGGUACUACGAGGUGAUGGUCGUGACAUGCGGCGUCAUGCAGAUCGGCUGGGCAACGAAGAACAGCAAGUUCCUCAACCACGAAGGUUACGGGAUCGGAGAUGAUGAAUACUCGUGUGCGUACGACGGGUGCCGUCGCCUCAUUUGGUACAACGCCAAGAGCAAGCCCCACGCACACCCCUGCUGGAAGGAAGGAGACACAGUCGGCUUUCUCCUGGACCUCAACAAGAAGCAAAUGGUGUUCUCCCUCAACGGCACGCCGCUGCCGCCCGAGAAGCAGGUCUUCGGAUCGGCAUCGUCGGGCUUCUUUGCGGCCGCGAGCUUCAUGUCCUACCAGCAGUGCGAGUUCAACUUCGGCGCGCGGCCGUUCAAGCACCCGCCCGCCGUGCGCUUCUCCACCUUCAACGAGUGCGCGACGCUCAACAGCCAGGAGAAACUCAUCCUGCCCAGGCACAUGAAGCUGGCCCUGCUGCGGCAGCUGAGCAUCAAAGAGAACUCGUGCUCGCUGUGCUGCGACAACAUGGCCGACACGGAGCUCUUGCCGUGCGGACACCGGGACCUGUGCAUGCCGUGCGCCCUGCAGCUCGAGGUGUGUCCGCUGUGCCGCAAGGACAUCAAAAUGCGCAACGCCGUGCAGCCCUGCUCCUCCUAGCGCCUUGCCCGUCCGGUCGGGGUGAGGGGCCGGCACUCGUUCGCUCACGACCACCCGCACUCCCGCCCGCCCGACCGCCCAACUUGUCCCCGGCAAGCGAGGACCGGCCACUUCGUGCGAGUUUCGCGUGAAGGCUCCCCUCGUGUGCCGGGGAGGGGUCGGUGCGGAAAAACAGCUGAGCGACGCCUGAAGGACUCGACUGGAAGUGGCAGCUCCGGGCCGCCCCGUUUCUCAGUCGCCAUUGGCGCAGGAUGGAGCGGCGGGGCGAGGAUGAGGAACGCGGCACGCGGAUGCGGGCAGUCGACGCACGUGGGGUCAGUUUUUCCCCCGGUCGACUGCGUGGGAUUUAGCGGGUUUUUUUUUUGCGCGCGCCGAGCGGCGGCUUUUCCGGCCGUCGGCCGAUGGGACCCGGCGAUCCGGUGGACCGCGUUGGCGUCCGUCAGGAAUUGAAGCCAACGCAGGUGGACCGCGUCGCACCGGUAGCGAUCGCUUACGGUUCCGUGGGACCUCCGUCAAAUACACACGUGAUAUAUAUAUUACAAAAACAAAAACCAGUGCGAUUAUUUUCAAGCGGCCUGCAACUUGUGGCCACCCGAGAACAGCUUUCCCUUUAGGACCAAAUUUUCAAACGCCUGCUUCUCUUCCCCGGGACACAGUGUGACCCCCGGGACCUUAUCCGGUGGGUGCACGAGCACAGAUGACGUUCGAACGACGGGCGUGGUGGACUCGUAACGAAGAAAGCCUUACGUUGUAACGCCCUCCCCCGGUGUAAGCCUGCGUUCUAAAGAUGUCACUUAUAUUUUUGAUGCAAAUAAGCGGACGAGCGUCGUCAGAUCGGUGUCGCGUGUCCCCCCCCCCCCCCCCCCGUGUCUCUCCGUAUUUUGAGUUUUUGUAAACCCUUCGGCCUCUCGCCCGUGUCUUGCGCAAUCUCUCAAGUGGUUUUCUCUUUUUUUUUGUUUUUUUUAAACAAGUCGUCUGUUCUCACCACUCGCUUGUUGCGUCGAAGAUGUUCAAAGCCUCUCCGCCCUCACGCCAAUCUUCUUGUUUCAUUCCAGCCAGUUCCGGCCACCGUCGCGCGCCACACAGCCACCGAGCCGUUUCCAUUUGGCAGAUUCCCCGUUUGCCUUUUCCGCGAACACAGGGUGCUUCGAAAUGUUUUAACGCUUCUGAGAAUUUUACAACAACAACGACGCCGCAAGAGAUGUGCUGCUGCCUCCGGGCUCUGGAGACCGCCUGGAGAAGAUUCCAGGCAACGCGUUGACAACGCCGGCGAACAAGUGGGAGACUCUUUGACUUUCUGAAGCUAUUAACAUUACAUUUGUUAUCAUGUUACCGUGUGUUACUAUCCGUUAUUUUUUCAUUAAAAACGAUAGUCCCAUAAUAAGUGUUAGCAUUUUUUUUCAAGCACCCUGUAUUGGCGCAAGCGUUCACGUCCCAGUUUUGAAACGGCGAAAGAUUAACAUUACCCGGUUUUUAUUUUUCACGUCGAUACCCACAAAUGAUCACUUCGCUUGCUUCUUUUGUUUACUAUACAUGAACAAGAGGUGAAAAAAAAUACCGAACAUUUUUUUCAUAAUGUGGUUCACCUUUGUUCAGCGAUCAGGGCAGAUGCUGAACCCGUUUUUGUUUAGCACGCACGCCGGCGCCAGCUGGUGUCGCUCCAAUUUAACCUCCCUAAAAGUUUUGUCUACAAGGCCUGAAGAGGAUUAUUAUGACGCUCGUUUACCCAGGAAGGAAGCCUUGCCAAGUUUUGGGGGGGGGGUGAUGAUUGUUGCGUAUAUUCCCUUUGAGUAAUCUGCAGUGUGAUUGUUUCACAAUUCGGGAAAAUGUUUGGCCGUGACCCCCACCGGUCGCACGAUGCGAUGGGGCCCCCCCCCCCCGACUCUUGCGAAUUACAUAGCGUGAUGGUUUUUGGUUUAUUGUUGUUAGUCCUGCCGUGAAGUGGACGUCAUGUGGUAUGUGUUUAGCGUUCAUAAUAACCCCGCCCACGGGGUUACGAACGCCGGAUUGGAGCCGUUAACCGAGCGGUGCGAUGGGGCGGCGAUAGUUGCUUGCCGCCACCGGGGUCACGUCCGUCACCGUCUCCCGAUAUGGGGAAGAAAUGGGCUAAACAACCAGGCCUGAGAAAUGGGCUCAACAACCAGGCCUGAGAAAUGGGCUCAACAACCAGGCCUGAGAAAUGGGCUCAACAACCAGGCCUGAGAAAUGGGCCAAACAACCAGGCCUGAGAAAUGGGCCAAACAACCAGGCCUGAGAAAUGGGCUAAACAACCAGGCCUGAGAAAUGGGCUAAACAACCAGGCCUGAGAAAUGGGCCAAACAACCAGGCCUGAGAAAUGGGCUCAACAACCAGGCCUGAGAAAUGGGCUCAACAACCAGGCCUGAGAAAUGGGCCAAACAACCAGGCCUGAGAAAUGGGC